GGAUUUGGGGUAAAAUACUGCUCUAAAAAUCAUCGUCCUGCUGCUACUUUUGGUUUUGAGGGGGUCCAGAUAGCAGGGUUUUGGAGUGGUUGAGUCUUUAUACUGAAGGGCAAUGUCAGGAAAGAUGUGCAGCAGCAGCAGCAGCAGCAGCAGCAGUGUUAUUCAGGCACAAAAACUGGUGGAUCAACUUCGGGUGGAGGCAAGCAUGGAGAGAAUAAAGAUCUCCCUGACAGCAGCAGACUUGGUCCGGUACUGUCAGGACCACAGGCGCAGUGACCCUCUGCUCACCGGCAUCGCUGCCUCGUCCAAUCCUUUCAAAGAUAAGAAGAGCUGUGUGCUGCUUUGACAGUCCUGAGUA